AUGAUUUAUUUAAAUAUCCUGUCAUUCUUUGGGUAUCUGGCUGGUAGCCUCAGUGCUACCAGGUCUACUACUCUGUUGGAUUCUUGCUCUAUUGCUGAACGAGGGCACACCACUGCGAAAAGACAUUCCUCGUUUCAAGAUUGUCUUCGUACCGAGAUUGGCGCAUCAGAUCAUAUUUCUUCGAGGAUUGUGUUUCCUGGGGAUCCUUCCUAUCCUCUCUCCACCCUCACCUACAACCUUGCUAUCCAACAUAAUUCAUCGGCCAUUGUCUAUGUUUCAAGCGCAAGCCAUGUGUCGGAAGCCAUCAAGUGCGCGUCAGAAUAUAAGGUACCUGUGGUUGCUCGAAACGGCGGUCAUUCAUAUGCUAGCUUUAGUUCAUCUCCACACGGCUUGAUAAUCGACGUCACCAAUCUUAAAGACUUUUCAUUCGCAACAAACCAUGUGGGAGAAGUAGGCGAAAUGGUAACAUUCGGCGCCGGAUUACGUUUGGGGGACUUAGAUAUGGCACUCCAAGAGCAUGAGCGGGCGGUACCCCACGGCGUAUCCCCGUAUAUUGGAGUAUCGGGACAUGCUACAUGUGGAGGAUUUGGAACCGCCUCUAGGAUGUGGGGACUGUUUUCUGAUCACAUCGUCGAAUUGGAAGUGGUCUCCGCGAAUGGAACGAUUCUGAAAGUGUCUGACAAGACAAACCCAGAGUUAUUCUUUGCAAUGCGAGGAGCAGGACCCUCGUUUGGAAUUAUUACUUCGUUGACCCUCAGAACCCAUGAGGCACCCAGCAAUGUGAUCCUAUUCGAGAUUGAUUAUGUUUUCCCUAAUCCAGACUCAGCAGCUGCCACUCUUUCUCAUUUCCAAAGUUGGGGUCUGAAGUCUGCCCCAUCUCAAUUGGGCAUACGUUGGUCAGUCAAGCUCAACCAUAACGCGAACAGUUCAAAGAAAAUCGACCUUAAUUGGAGGCUCCAAGGAAGUUUUUUGGGUCAUAUGGCGCGGUUCAACAGGACUAUAGGUAGACUCACCAGUGGUUUCAGCGUGAAAGGUCAAGUUGUGAGGGUCGAGCGGUUUGAUUGGUUGGAGAGUGUUCGCGCUCUGGGUGGUUCUGACGCGCUGAGCUCGGAGGGGAUCAACCCCAGUAACGAUAAUGCAAGUUACUACGCGAAAUCGUUCAUCGUUAGAGAUAUUAAUCCCAUGAGCUACUCUCUAUGGACGAGCUUCAUGAAGAAACUGUACGGAAUUGCGUCGGGGAUUAAAGCAUCAGAACGAUUGGACUGGUUUUUAGAAAUUGAUUUGGUUGGUGGGCGCUAUCAAGGACAGCCAACAGGUGUAAGAGGCUCAGGGAGUAACACCACCUCUUUCGGACCUCGAGACGCACUGCUACUCUUUCAAAUGGGGGGUUAUGGUCCCAAGGGUGCACGAUUAGAUCAAGGACAUCUAAUGGAUUUGACGAGAGCCACGUCGGACCAAGUUUAUGACUCUCUUGGAGGUAGUCGAAAAGAACUGACCGGGUUCAGUUGUUAUGUUGAUUCGGAGUUUUCAGCUGACAGAGCCCAUCGAGAAUACUUUGUCACCCCCAUAGCUUUUGAAAUCAUCGGAAAUGUUUACAUCCAGGGAUAA